AUGUUACAGCCUGACCUGUAUGGAGCGGCUAUUCAGACUCUUAUUCGUGACCUUAUUGAUACUCAGGAUGGAACUAAUCUGUUUCUCGACCGUAUCUGGGGUUUAUCACAGCGAUACAUUCUCGGACAAGGGGAUGGUUAUACCAAUUCACUCGUUGGGGCCAGUGCUCCAGAUUUUAGGCUGGCUGACGGCUCGAGCUUAGGCUUGAAAUUACAAAGUGGACGAGGUUUGCUGGUGGAUUUCAAGAACAAUGCAACACUCCAUGAGUCAAUCGAUGAUAAGUACACAAGUACAAUAGAUAUUAUCAGAGCGGGAGCAAUGGCAAAAUGCGGUGUGAGGGCCUUGUUAGUACGUCCUGACAGCGUCGUUGCUUGGCCAGUGGAAGACAAUGAUACGUUUAAUACUAACGAAUUUAACAAUGUUUUGGAAAAAAUGGUUCAAAGAAUAAACUUGAAAUGGAGGAGUCUUUUGUCUGUAUUAUAUGUCAACAAUAAUUGA